GAAGAAGCCUAGAGGACUGCUGCCUCCAUGACAUGGUUCUCUCCGUCCCACCUCUUGGGGCAACGAUGGCCAACGUUCCGUCCCGGCGCCACCCUCACCUGCACAGACUAAUCGCCCUCCUCUUCAGGCACCAAGACGAGAGGCGCCAGCUCUUCCAAGUCCACGCCCAGCUCGUUGCCCACCAGGUGUUCGACCAAAGUCCCGCACCGUGGCGCCCCCUCCUCAAGGCCUACUCCCACGGCCCUUUUCCCCAGGAGGCCCUGCACCUCUUCAGGCACGCCCGUAUACACCUGGCUGACGACACAUUUGCCUAUGCAUUCGCGCUCAAGGCUUGCGCAGGUGUAGGGUGGCCACGAGCCGGCGCCCAGCUCCACGGGCUUGUGAUCAGGAAGGGGUUUGAGUUCCAUGUCUAUGUGCAUACUUCCCUUGUCAAUGCAUAUGUUGCAUGUGGGGGUUUGGUGGAAGCGCGGAGGGCGUUCAAUGAAAUGCCCACAAAGAAUGCAGUCACUUGGAACGUGAUGAUCACUGGAUUUGCUGGGUGGGGUGAGGUUGAGUAUGCAAGGACUCUGUUUGAGCAUAUGCCCUGCAGGAAUGUUGUCUCGUGGACUGGACUGAUUGAUGGAUAUACACGUGCUCGUCUUUAUGUGGAGGCUGUUGCUCUCUUCUGCCACAUGAUGGCAGCAGGCAUUAGCCCGAGUGAGAUAACUGUUUUAGCAGUUAUUCCUGCAAUAUCUAAUCUUGGAGGGAUCCUUAUGGGUGAGAUGCUGCAUUGCUAUUGUGAGAAGAAGGGUCUCGUGUCAGAUGUCCGGAUUGGGAAUUCACUCAUAGACCUGUAUGCUAAGAUUGGCUCUGUGCAAAACUCAUUAAAGGUGUUCAAUGAAAUGCUGGAUAGAAGAAACUUGGUGUCAUGGACAUCGGUAAUUUCAUGUUUUGCAAUGCAUGGGCUGUCAAUUGAGGCAGUUGAGCUGUUUGCAGAGAUGAGAAGAGCAGGGAUUAGACCCAACAGAGUCACUUUCUUGAGUGUCAUCAAUGCUUGCAGCCAUGGGGGGUUGGUGGAGCAAGGAUUAGCAUUUUUCAAAAGCAUGGUUUAUGAGUACAAUAUAAAUCCAGAGGUCAAGCAUUUUGGGUGCAUGAUAGACAUGCUAGGUAGGGCUGGACGGUUGAGUGAGACUGAGCAAAUAAUAGAGGGGUUGCCUGUGGAGGUUAAUGUAGUGGUGUGGAGGACACUGUUGGGUUGUUGCAGUAAGUAUGGAGAAGUUGAGAUGGGGCAGAGGGCGGUAAAGAAGAUACUGAGCUUAGAAAGAGAAUCCGGUGGUGAUUUUGCGGUGUUGUCUAAUAUGCUUAAUGAGAUUGGUUGGUUUAGUGAUGCUGAACAAGCACGAAAGCUAGUUGAUGAGAGGAAAGCUGUUAAGGUUCCCGGGCUUGCUUUGGUUGGUGAAAUUAGGACACAGGUGAACUGAAUGACAUGUCCAGUACUCCAGUUCUUUCUCCUCUUUAACUGGCUCGUAUUGAAAUGAUAGAAACAGUAAAGAAGCUUCAUCAUCAUCUCAUUGUUUCUGGCCUGCACAGCUGUCAAUAUGCAAUGUUCAAGGUUAUCACCAAAAGAUGCCAUCGUUUUCUACAAGAAAGCUCAGGAAGAAGUGAUAUGGUUUGUGUAAGAUCGUCUUUGAUGAGAUGCUAGUUAAGGAUGUCGUGUCCUGGAAUAUCUUGAUCAGUGGAUACAGCAAGCACAAUAGACUAAAAGAGGUUCUGGAAUAUCCAAGUUAAUGCAGGAUGAAGAAGUGCAAGCUGAUAAGGUUUCAAUGGUCAAGGUGAUUUCAGCUUGCACUCUUCUAGGAGACUGGAGCGGUGGAUUGCAUGGUUAGGUACAUAGAGCGUUAUUUUAUUGAGGUGGGUGUGUACUUGGGAAACACUUUGAUCGAUUACUAUGGUAAAAGUGGGCAGGUGCAAUCAGCUGAGAAGGUGUUCUUUCACAUGAAGGAUAAGAACACCAUGAUACUAAAAGCAAUGAUCACCACAUAUGCAAAAGGUGGGAAUUUGGUCUCAGCGAAGAAAAUAUUCGUUGAAAAUAUAUAAUCAAAUUCCUGACAGAGAUUUGAUGUCAUGGAGUUCUAUGAUAUGCGCAUACUAGCAGCCUCUCAGGCUAGUCACUUCUCUGAUGCUUUGGAUCUCUUCAGGCAGAUGCAGAGAGCGAAGAUGAAACCAGAUGCUGUUGUGAUUGCCAAUGUACUCUCCGCUUGCACACGCUUGGGUGCACUUGUUCUGGGUGAGUGGAUUCAUGACUAUGUGAGGAGAAACAAUAUCAAAGCUGACAUCAUUAUGCAGAACUCUCUGAUUGAUGUAUAACGUGCAGGAGGCAUUACAAGUAUUCGGAGAAAAUAAAGAAAAGGACAUCCUGUCGUGGAACUCAAUCAUACUAGGCCUAGCAAACAAUGGGUUUGAAGAUGAUGCACUGAACAUUUUUCACGGUAUGCUUGCUCAAGGUCUCACACCAAAUGAGGUUACAUUCCUUGGUGUGCUGAUCACCUAUGCUAACAGGCAACUAGUUCGGGAUGGUCUUAACCACUUUGAAAGCACGAAAUCGGUUCACAAUUUGGAACCACAGGUGAAGCAUUGCAGGUGCAUCAUCAAUCUCCUCGGCCAUGCUGGUCAGCUGGAGGAAGCACUGAGAGUCAUCAUUAAGAGACCCAUUGCCCUUGGCUCUGUGGUUUCGAAAAUACUGCUGGGAGCGUGCAAGACACAUGGUGUCAUGGUGAUGUAGCUAUUGGUGAGGUGGUCACCAAGAAGCUCAGAUGGAUGGAGGGAAGCCAUUAACGCCAAGAGAUGGGUGGCUGAUACUGCUGUGACGAAAUCACCGGCUUACAGUGUUAUUGACCCAGCUAGCUCGAGGAAUAGCUAGGUUGCAUAUUAUUGUCGUGUCUGUAAAUUUAUGAGGGCAGUAUUGCCCGUGUUGCAGCGCUGUUUAACUCAGUAGUCAGUUCAUGUUACAUGAUCAGUUCAUUACAUUUGAAUA